AUGUUGUCGGCUUCUUCGCAAAUUAGCUCUGCCAGCUCCUCUCUUCCUCCACCGACACCUCCGACUGUUCACACUCCUCCACCUCCUCCUACGGACAGCAGUGGAAACGAAAAAAUUGACUCCAAGGAUGGGAAACGUCAAAGCGCCCCUUACGAACCAUUUUUGAGCCAUGCGCCUCCCUCAGCAGAUACUUACAUUACAGUGGAAACAACAGACGUCGAGUACAGGCUUAUUGUUAGACUACCGGGCUACAGAAGAGAUGCUAUUAUGCUUUCCACGCGGCGUCGGCGUAUAUUAGCCAUAGCCGCCGAUUCAUGGGAAGCCGGCGGCGGCCAUUUUGAGCGUCGUAUUUCUUUCGGGUAUGAUGCGGAUUUGUCGCGCGUCCGAGCUGAGUUCGAUGGUGAACAUCUGCGCGUAAUCGUGCCGCGAAAAGUCAUUCCCAUCACCUGGAUAGGGGCGCAUGAGUUAGAUCCAGUAAGACAGUCUGAGCCGAACAUAUAG